AUGUCCAUCAUACGCAACAUCCCCCGCCGCCUACUCGAGCUAUCCAUAGCCAUCAACAUCGCCCUCCUCAUCUGGUUUCUCUUCUACCGCCGCGAUACGCCAGACGGGGCACCGGCAUACCACGUUUGGGAGAGGAGAUGGGGUGUGAGGGAAGCUUAUUCAAAGAAGCUUGUGUAUCAACAUGCCGAGAAGGAACAGUGGCAAGGGGAGCAGGAGCAGGAAGCUGGAAGCGAUUUGGUCGACCGCGCGGUGGUCGGGAGUGGCUGCGAAAUGUGCGCGAUGGAUCCUGUCUUGUGCCAAGAGCUUGGAAGGAGGAAUCUCGAACGCUCGCUUCUCUUCUCUGGGACCGGCACGCGUUUCCAGCGAAUGCUCUCAAAACUCAAACGGGGCGAACGGCUUGUGGCCGGUGUCCUCGGGGGUUCUGUAUCCAAGGGUCACGGCAUAAACAGCUUACCAUCCUACGGCCCCGACCAAUCCACCAAUCUCAAUCGUAUCGUCUUUGACCGCCUCAACUAUCUUUUCCCGGCGCCGAACGGUGUAGUUAAUGACAAGAGUGGUCGGGAAGAGGGGAAGAACUCGUAUAUCAAUGGUGCUCAAGGGGGUGUUGGAUCUGAUUACUUUUCUCUCUGCUACGGGGAACACAUAUCCGAGGACGUGGAUGUUGUCUUUGUCGAUCUGGCUAUCAACGAUGAAGCACUGGUCAAGAAUAUCGACUCAUACGAGCUUCUUGUUCGGAGUCUUCUGGACCUACCGAACAAACCUGCUAUCUUGAAUUUGGACGUCUUUGCGCUAAUGUUCAAGACAGUGACAAACGGCGGCGACAUGCACUCUGGUAUCGCCCAAUUCUACGACAUCCCCACCGUAUCUCUCCGAAACGCCCUCUACCACCAAGUCCUCGCCAACGCUUCUCUCAUCCCCGAGCUGUUUAUCAUCAAGGAGGAUGGUGAAGUUGAUACACGACACCUCGGCGUGAAGGGGCACAACCUCCUUGGUCGGAUUGGCGCAGCAUACGUCGACUCUCAAGUGUGCGAGAUGGAAAAGUACGAAGCCAGCUUCCAUCAGCCUGAACAAUUGUCGCUGGACGAGUUGUAUCCUAUUGCCCCUCUUCCCCGGAUGCAAUUGAAUCAAAAAUACGACAACACCACUAACCUCCUCCAAAUCACCCCCCAAUGCUUCUCCGCCACCGCCCUCCACCACCCCCUCUCCCCCAUCCCCUCCUCCUCAACCCUCGGCCUCAGCGGCUGGCACCCCUGGGCAUGGGCAGACAAGAAAUAUCUCGUCUCCACCACACCAGGCGGGAGGGUUGCUUUCGAGUUGGAAACGCGCUUGGGCAGGAUCGAGAUGCAUUAUUUGCGGUCAAAGGUUUUUGGGUUGGGGAGUGUGAGGUGUUGGGUUGAUGGGGAUGGGGAUGGGGAGGAGGGAGGGGGGGUGAGGUUGGAUGGGUAUUGGAAUGAAAAGUUUAAUAUUGGACGGAACAUCGCUUUCCAUCCUCUUCUGCUGCGGGCGACGACGAUCAAAACUGGGCUCUCGCCGGGUAAACACAUCUUGACGUGCGAGCAUCUGAAUGAGACGAAAGAUCCGAAGGGUGGGAAGGAGUUUAGGUUGAUAUCGGUCAUGAGGUGA